AACAGGCACGACAGAACAGUCAGUAGGGAGCGAACAUGGAGAAUAUAAAGGAUAAAAAAUGUAAAAUGCGACUUUAUUAUUUCCCAAACUUUCGCUCCAACCGAUGCAUAUGGCUUGUUCAUGAACUGGGAGCCACAGAUGAUGUCCAAUUUCAGUUAUAUAAUUCAAGAGAUACGAACCAAUCCAAUAUUGACCAUUAUCGAAACAAUGUUCAUCAUCUUGGCACAGUGCCAGCACUUGAGAUAGAGGGGAAAGAACCCUUGAUAGAAUCAGGCGCCAUCUGUAUGUAUCUUGCAGAUCUCUACCAAAAACUCCAACCAGAGAAAGACAGAAAAGCGGACUUCCUCAACAUCAUAUUUUACUGCUGUGCCACAGUCGAUGAAAUCCUUGAACAGCUAUUCGUCCAAUGGAUGUUUGUAGAGCCAGAUAAAAGGGACAAUGUCUUAAUUCAAAAUAUGAUUUCAAAGUUUGGAUCUUCGGCCACCCAUAUAGAAAAAUUACUACGCAACAGAAAAUACAUAUGCGGGGAUAAAUUCACGGCAGCAGAUUGCGUACUAGGAUACAACAUUUGGUGGGCUAGUGUGAUGCAAAAUGGAGAACUGCUAAAAAAUCACCCAUCGAUUCUGUCCUACUUUGAAAGACUGAAAAGACGGAAAGCCUUCCAACUCACAUUCUCGAAUGAAUGACUGAAUAUUUAGAGUUUAAGAGUUU